AUGGACAGGCAUCCCAUGCGAAGAGCACAAAUUACAUUCAAGAAAAGUGAACAAUGUAAAAACGAAGAUGACAGUGGGCCUCCACCUAGUAAGAAAAAUGCUAAUGAAAGCGAGUGCCCUGCAUCUUCAACAGAGAGGCAUCGAGGUGAUGGAGAACAGAAGAGACCAGUGGGUAGGCCUAAAGGCAGUGGACGUUCUGGAAAUAACGUUAGUGAAGAUGUUCAGGUCAGGCCUAAAGUUAUUUUCAAAGCUGAGAGUAAAUGGGGUGGUGAUGGAGCUCUAAUGCCCACAUGUUCAACACACCUCAGGGGAGCCAUUCAAGGUCGACCCGUUACAUUUGAAAAGGAAAGAGCAUCAUCAUCAGUCAGUAAACAGAGUAAAGCCACAUCUGAUCAUCCCACGACCUCUCAAGUGUUGGAGAUCAUCACACCUGCUCCAGGUCAGGCCAAGGUCAAAGUUGUCCAAGAACUGGCAACAACGUAUCGUCAAGGAUGUCCACCUGUGACUCCCACUAUAGACUUCUCCAAACCGAUCCAUGUUGUACAUGAAAAUGGGAUGACCUUCACAGUAUUGGAUGGUAAAGCCAUAACGCUCAGCAAAGUUCCAUACCCACCACCUGUUCAUGUGAAUGUUCAGCCACCCCCAGUAAAGGUGAAGACAAGAGGGAUGAAUCUCACCAUGCCACCAUCAGAAGCAGGUAUGACUAAGAGCUUACCUAAAUUUUACAUAAGGAUUUAAUGUUUUUAAUACUUUUCAACAGAUAAUUGUCACGUAUUGAGUUCAUGCACAAUCCAAAACUCUAUGUGAAACAUGGCCUUCUAGAAAAUCUGGAAGUACCACGGAGCGUAGACAGAAAUGGCUACAUCAAGAGGCCUAUGAAUGCGUUCAUGGUCUGGGCAAGAAUCCACAGGCCUGCCCUGUCCAAGGCCAACACAACAGCCAACAAUGCAGACAUCAGUGUGCAACUAGGAGUAGAGUGGACCAAGCUCACCGAGGAAGAGAAGAGGCCCUACUAUGAGGAAGCACGUAAACUCAAAGACAAGCACAGACAGGAGUUCCCUGGUAAGCAUAGAGCAGGCUGUCUACUCCACUCACACCAUUCAAGUCCAUUUAAACAUGUAUAAUUAUCGGCUCAUAUAUGUAUCAUAUUUCAAAAUUCAUAUAGCUCUGACACGUAUAACCUUUACUUACUUUUCAAGUGUUUGUUCACAAUCUUCACCCAUAAUCAUCACAGGUUGGAUCUAUCAGCCCAGACCUGGAAAAAGAAAGGGCUACCCUUCUGUGAUGUCCUUUGCCCCCCAACCAUCCUCCUGCUCUGCAGGGACAAGUGGUCCUGGGGCUGAGUCUUAUCCCAUGACCAUGACGACUAUGGCCACCACUACCACCAGCUCCUGUGUUCCAUACACACGGGCCACAGGUAAAGGAAUAGCUCACUAUCUGGCUAUCAGGGUGGACAUUUUUUGGGGGGGUCCACCACUUGCAGUGGCUGGUGGAUGCUCAGAUUUUGCCAGCCACUAACAUUUUUUACUAGACAUAUUUUUUUCUGAAACUUAAUAAAUAAUGAAGAUAAAUCACAGUAAAGACAUGCGCAUGUUUUGUAAUGUUAAAACAACAAUUAUUGAAUGGUUUUCACCACUGUAGCAUUGAGAUUCUCUCUUCCAGAGCUCACAUACAGUUGAAAUUGGAAGUUUACAUACACUUAGGUUGGAGUCAUUAAAACCAGUUUUUCAACCAAACUAUAGUUUUGGCAAGUCGGUUAGGACAUCUACUUUGUGCAUGACACAAGUAAUUUUUCCAACAAUUGUUUACAGACAGAUUAUUUGACUUAUAAUUCACUGUAUCACAAUUCCAGUGGGUCAGAGGUUUACAUACACUAAGUUGACUGUGCCUUUAAACAGCUUGGAAAAUUCCCGAAAAUGAUGUCAUGGCUUUAGAAGCUUCUGAUAGGCUAAUUGACAUAAUUUGAGUCAAUUGGAGGUGUACCUGUGGAUGUAUUUCAAGGCCUACCUUCAAACUCAGUGCCUCUUUGCUUGACAUCAUGGGAAAAUCAAAAGAAAUCAGCCAAGACCUCAGAAAAAAAUUUGUAGACCUCCACAAGUCUGGUUCAUCCUUGGGAGCAAUUUCCAAACGCCUGAAGGCACCACGUUCAUCUGUACAAACAGUAGUACGCGAGUAUAAACACCAUGGGACCACGCAGCCGUCAUACCACUCAGGAAGGAGACGCGUUCUGUCUCCUAGAGAUGAACGUACUUUGGUGCGAAAAGUGCAAAUCAAUCCCAGAACAACAGCAAAGGACCUUGUGAAGAUGCUGGAGGAAACGGGUACAAAAGUAUCUAUAUCCACUGUAAAACGAGUCCUAUAUCGACAUUACCUGAAAGGCCGCUCAACAAGGCAGAAGCCACUGCUCCAAAACCACCAUAAAAAAGCCAGACUACGAUUUGCAACUGCACAUGGGGACAAAGAUCGUACUUUUUGGAGAAAUGCUGUGGGGGUGCUUUGCUGCAGGAGGGAUUGGUGCACUUCACAAAAUAGAUUGCAUCAUGAGGAAGAAAAAUUAUGUGGAUAUAUUGAAGCAACAUCUCAAGACAUCAGUCAGGAAGUUAAAGCUUGGUCGCAAAUGGGUCUUCCAAAUGGACAAUGACCCCAAGCAUACUUCCAAAGUUGUGGCAAAAUGGCUUAAGGACAACAAAGUCAAGGUAUUGGAGUGGCCAUCACAAAGCCCUGACCUCAAUCCUAUAGAAAAUGUGUGGGCAGAACUGAAAAAGCGUGUGCGAGCAAGGAGGCCUACAAACCUGAUACAGUUACACCAGCUCUGUCAGGAGGAAUGGGCCAAAAUUCACCCAACUUUUUGUGGAAAGCUUGUGAAAGGCUACCCAAAACGUUUGACCCAAGUUAAACAAUUUAAACGCAAUGCUACCAAAUACUAAUUGAGUGUAUGUAAACUUCUGACCCACUGGGAAUGUGAUGAAAGAAAUAAAAGCUGAAAGAAAUAAAUCUCUCUACUAUUAUUCUGACAUUUCACAUUCUUAAAAUAAAGUGGUGAUCCUAACUGACCUAAAACAGGGAAUUUUUACUAGGAUUAAAUGUCAGGAAUUGUGAAAAACUGAGUUUAAAUGUAUUUGGCUAAGGUGUAUGUAAACUUCCGACUUCAACUGUAUAUUCUUAUUCCAUUCCUUUACUUAGUUUUGUGUGUAUUAGGUUUUUGUUGUGGCACUGUUAGAUAUUACUUGCUAGAUAUUGCUGUAAACUUCCGACUUCAACUGUAUGUAUAUAUGUGUAUAUAUAUAUAUACAGUGGGGAGAACAAGUAUUUGAUACACUGCCGAUUUUGCAGGUUUUCCUACUUACAAAGCAUGUAGAGGUCUGUAAUUUUUAUCAUAGGUACACUUCAACUGUGAGAGACGGAAUCUAAAACAAAAAUCCAGAAAAUCACAUUGUAUGAUUUUUAAGUAAUUAAUUUGCAUUUUAUUGCAUGACAUAAGUAUUUGAUACAUCAGAAAAGCAGAACUUAAUAUUUGGUACAGAAACCUUUGUUUGCAAUUGCAGAGAUCAUACGUUUCCUGUAGGUCUUGACCGGGUUUGCACACACUGCAGCAGGGAUUUUGGCCCACUCCUCCAUACAGACCUUCUCCAGAUCCUUCAGGUUUCGGGGCUGUCGCUGGGCAAUACGGACUUUCAGCUCCCUCCAAAUAUUUUCUAUUGGGUCCAAGUCUGGAGACUGGCUAGGCCACUCCAGGACCUUGAGAUGCUUCUUACGGAGCCACUCCUUAGUUGCCCUGGCUGUGUGUUUCGGGUCGUUGUCAUGCUGGAAGACCCAGCCACGACCCAUCUUCAAUGCUCUUACUGAGGGAAGGAGGUUGUUGGCCAAGAUCUCGCAAUACAUGGCCCCAUCCAUCCUCCCCUCAAUACAGUGCAGUCGUCCUGUCCCCUUUGCAGAAAAGCAUCCCCAAAGAAUGAUGUUUCCACCUCCAUGCUUCACGGUUGGGAUGGUGUUCUUGGGGUUGUACUCAUCCUUCUUCUUCCUCCAAACACGGCGAGUGGAGUUUAGACCAAAAAGCUCUAUUUUUGUCUCAUCAGACCACAUGACCUUCUCCCAUUCCUCCUCUGGAUCAUCCAGAUGGUCAUUGGCAAACUUCAGAUGGGCCUGGACAUGCACUGGUUUGAGCAGGGGGACCUUGCGUGCGCUGCAGGAUUUUAAUCCAUGACGGCGUAGUGUGUUACUAAUGGUUUUCUUUGAGACUGUGGUCCCAGCUCUCUUCAGGUCAUUGACCAGGUCCUGCCGUGUAGUUCUGGGCUGGUCCCUCACCUUCCUCAUGAUCAUUGAUGCCCCACGAGGUGAGAUCUUGCAUGGAGCCCCAGACCGAGGGUGAUUGACCGUCAUCUUGAACUUCUUCCAUUUUCUAAUAAUUGCGCCAACAGUUGUUGCCUUCUCACCAAGCUGCUUGCCUAUUGUCCUGUAGCCCAUCCCAGCCCAUAAUUUUAUCCCUGAUGUCCUUACACAGCUCUCUGGUCUUGGCCAUUGUGGAGAGGUUGGAGUCUGUUUGAUUGAGUGUGUGGACAGGUGUCUUUUAUACAGGUAACGAGUUCAAACAGGUGCAGUUAAUACAGGUAAUGAGUGGAGAACAGGAGGGCUUCUUAAAGAAAAACUAACAGGUCUGUGAGAGCCGGAAUUCUUUCAGGUUUGUAGGUGAUCAAAUACUUAUGUCAUGCAAUAAAAUGCAAAUUAAUUACUUAAAAAUCAUACAAUGUGAUUUUCUGGAUUUUUGUUUUAGAUUCCGUCUCUCACAAUUUAAGUGUACCUAUGAUAAAAAUUACAGACCUCUACAUGCUUUGUAAGUAGGAAAACCUGCAAAAUCAGCAGUGUAUCAAAUACUUGUUCUCCCCACUGUGUAUAUAUAUAUAUAUAUAUAUAUAUAUAUAUAUAUAUGCAUAUACACUACCAGUCAAAAGUUUGGGCACACCUACUCAUUCAAGGGUUCUUCUUUAUUUUUACUAUUUUUUACAUUGUAGAAUAAUAGUGAAGACAUGAAAACUAUAAAAUAACACAUAUGGAAUCAUGUAGUAACCAAAAAAGUGUUCAACAAAUCAAAAUAUAUUUUAUAUUUGAGAUUCUUCAAAUAGCCACCCUUUGCCUUGAUGACAGCUUUCCACACUCUUGGCAUUCUCUCAACCAGCUUCAUGAGGUAGUCACCUGGAAUGCAUUUCAAUUAACAGGUGUGCCUUGUUAAAAGUUAAAUAGUGGAAUUUAUUUCCUUCUUAAUGCGUUUGAGACAAUCAGUUGUGUUGUGACAAGGUAGGGGAGGUAUACAGAAGAUAGCCCUAUUUGGUAAAAGACCAAGUCCAUAUUAUGGCAAAAGCAGCUCAAAUAAGCAAAGAGAAACGACAGUCCAUCAUUACUUUAAGACAUGAAGGUCAGUCAAUACGGAACAUUUCAAGACUUUGAACGUUUCUUCAAGUGCAGUCGCAAAAACCAUCAAGUGCAAUGAUGAAACUGGCUCUCAUGAGGAUGGCCACAGGAAUGGAAGGAUAAGUUCAUUAGACUUACCAGCCUCAGAAAUUGCAGCCCAAAUAAAUGCUUCACAGAGUUCAACUAACAGACACAUCUCAACAUCAAUUGUUCAGAGGGGACUGUGUGAAUCAGGCCUUCAUGGUCGAAUUGCUGCAAAGAAACCACUACUAAAGGACACCAAUAAGAAGAAGAGACCUGCUUGGGCCAUGAAACACGAGCAAUGGACAUUAGACCGGUGGAAAUGUGUCCUUUGAUCUGGAGUCCAAAUUGGAGAUUUUUGGUUCAAAACGCUGUGUCUUUGUGAGACGCGGUGUGGGUGAACGGAUGAUCUCCGCAUGUGUAGUUCCCACCGUAAAGAAUGGAGGAGGAGGUGUUAUGGUGUGGGACUGCUUUAUUUAGAAUUCAAGGCACACUUAACCAGCAUGGCUACCACAGCAUUCUGCAGCGAUACGGCAUCCCAUCUGGUUUGGGCUUAGUGGGACUAUCAUUUGUUUUUCCACAGGAUAAUGACCCAACACACCUCCAGGUUAUGUAAGGGCUAUUUUACCAAGAAGGAGAGUGAUGGAGUGCUGCAUAGGAUGACCUGGCCUCCACAAUCCCCCGACCUCAACCCAAUUGAGAUGGUUUGGGAUGAGUCGGAUGGCAGAGUGAAGGAAAAGCAGCCAACAAGUGCUCAGCAUAUGUGGGAACUCCUUCAAGACUGUUGGAAAAGCAUUCCAGGUGAAUCUGGUUGAGAGAAUGCCAAGAGUGUGCAAAGCUGUCAUCGAGGCAAAGGGUGGCUAUUUGAAGAAUUUCAAAUAUAAAAUAUAUUCUAAUUUGUUGAACACUUAUUUGGUUACUACAUUAUUCCAUAUGUGUUAUUUAAUAGUUUUGUUGUGUUCACUAUUAUUCUACAAUGUAGAAAAUAGUAAAAAUAAAGAAAAACCCUUGAAUGAGUAGGUGUGUCCAAACUUUUGACUGGUACUGUAUAUAUAUAUAUAUAUAUAUAUUUUUACAUUAACAUAUACAUUUGGGCUUUGGAUAAAUAAAAACAAUUCUCCCAAAUGCUCUGUGUGACCACCUACCAAUGUGGCUGGUAAGAAUAGCCAUUCUACCAGCCAAUGCGAAAAUCUACCUCACACACUCUCAUUUAGUGCACAAAUUCUCCAUACAACUAACACAGACUACAAAAACAUACUUAUAUUUUGAUUUCACCUAAUUAACAUUCUGUCAUAAAGAGCACAUGUUCAGCUUCAUAAAACUAACUGACUGUAAGUCUUUUUUGUUUCAAAUUAUUCCGAAAAAUAAAUAACGGAAAAGUGGUGCGUGCAUAUGUAUUCACCCCCUUUGCGAUGAAGCUCCUAAGUAAGAUCUGGUGCAACCAAUUACCUUCAGAAGUCACAUAAUUAGUUAAAUAAAGUCCACCUGUGUGCAAUCUAAGUGUCACAUGAUCUGUCACAUGAUCUUAGUAUUUACACACAUGUUCUGAAAGGCCCCAGAGUCUGCAACACCACUAAGCAAGGGGAACCACCAAGCAAGCGGCACCAUGAAGACCAAUGAGCUCUCCAAACAGGUCAGGGACAAAGUUGUGGAGAAGUACAUAUCAGGGUUGGGUUAUAAAAAAACAGCCACGGAGCACCAUUAAAUCCAUUAUUAAAAAAUGGAACGAAUAUGGCACCACAACAAACCUGCCAAGAGAGGGCCACCCACCAAAACUCAUGAACCAGGCAGGAGGGCAUUAAUCAGAGAGGCAACAGAGACCAAAGAUAACCCUGAAGGAGCUGCAAAGCUCCACAGCGGAGAUUGGAGUAUCUGUCCAUAGGACCACUUUAAGCCGUACACUCCACAGAGCUGGGCUUUACGGAAGAGUAGCCAGAUUAAAGCAAUUGCUUAAAGAAAAAAAUAAGCCAACAGAUUUGGUGUUCGCCAAAAGGCAUGUGGGAGACUCCCCAAACAUAUGGAAGAAGGUACUCUGGUCAGAUGAGACUAAAAUUGAGCUUUUUGGCCAUCAAGGAAAACGCUAUGUCUGGUGCAAACCCAACACCUCUCAUCACCCCCAGAACACCAUCCCCACAGUGAAACAUGGUGGUGGCAGCAUCAUGCUGUGGAGAUGUUUUUUAUCAGCAGGGACUGGGAAACUGGUCAGAAUUGAAGGAAUGAUGGAUGGCGCUAAAUUCUUGAGGGAAACCUGUUUCAGUCUUCCAGAGAUUUGAGACUGGGACAGAGGUUCACCUUCCAGCAGGACAAUCACCCUAAGCAUACUGCUAAAGCAACAUUUGAGUGGUUUAAGGGGAAACAUUUAAAUGUCUUGGAAUGGCCUAGUCAAAGCCCAGACCUCAAUCCAAUUGAGAAUCUGUGGUAUAACUUAAAGAUUGCUGUACACCAGCGGAACCAAUCCAACUUGAAGGAGCUGGAGCAGUUUUGCCUUGAAGAAUGGGCAAAAAUCCCAGUGGCUAGAUGUGCCAAGCUUAUAGAGACAUACCCCAAGAGACUUGCAGCUGUAAUUGCUGCAAAAGGUGGCUCUACAAAGUAUUGACUUUGGGGGGGGGUGAAUAGUUAUGCACGCUCAAGUUUUCUUUUUUUUGGUCUUAUUUCUUUGUUUGUUUCACAAAAAAAAAUAUUUUGCAUCUUCAAAGUGGUAGGCAUGUUGUGUAAAUCAAAUGAUACAAACCCCCCAAAAAUCCAUUUUAAUUCCAGGUUGUAAGGCAACAAAAUAGGAAAAAUGCCAAGGGGGGUGAAUACUUUCGCAAGCCACUGUAAGAAAUAUAUAUUUUCCCAUCGUAAGAGGUUAAAUAAACAAAUUACUAAGUGCCAAAUAAAGCAACAGGGUUGACAAUUUUUUCUUAAAUCAGCCAUAAAUCCCCUUGUGACAUGGAGAAUGGAAGCUUGUUGUGUGAAACACGGAGUGAAAACAUUUUUAGCUUCUCUAUCUACGGGUAAAAGGGUUGACGUGUUACUAUAUGCUUGACCCGCUCAGUUUUCCACCUCAAAACACCAGAAAGUUGCCAAAAAGAGUAGAACGAGCUCACCUGCUGUUACACUAUGAUUUCACUAUUAGAUGCUCAGAUUUUUUUUUUUUUAAGGAAUAGUUUCACCAUAUUAAAACGAGAGUUCAGUUCACGUAACAGCGUUGACCUUAAAGUAAGGGACAGAUGUAAGUGAUUCACUAAUCACAUUAAAUAAAUAAUAAUCUUCAGAAAUGACUUUGUCAAAGCAACAAAAUAGCUAGGGCUUUACAACGAAGGUGAAAACAUUUUGGGUUUAAGUGGGUUAAAAUCUUCCUAGAAGUCACAGAUGGUGCAUGGAGGGACUUGUCAAAAUGCUGAAUUUUUGCACGAGCAAGUCUUUUCAUAUAAAAAAUUGGAUUUAUUGAAUUUUCCUUGUGGUAUAUAUUAAAGGGCAGUUCAUUUAAUAUAACAGGCUUUUAAAAUGUAAUAUUGGUGUACAAUUUCUACUUGAAAUAUCAAAGGGACGCAAAAGGCACUCUUUUCAUGGAACGACCCAGUUGCUGUAACAGCAAGAAUAAUACAUCGUAGUAUGAAACUAAAUACUGUAAUUGUUAUGGUUUUGUCUUCCCCAGGCUCUAAUGGUGUCCAGGUGACUACAACGGCAGCUCCAAACGCCUCUCAGAGUACCAGCCCAGUCUCCAUAUUCUUCCAGACUACUUCCAGCCCCCACCCAACAGCCACACCCUCUGGUGGUAAGCCUGCAGAACGCAAGCGUGAAGCCAGCCCCUUUGCCAGCAACCCUGAAGAAGCUCCCAAACCCAGGAAAAUCUGCAGGCAACAGGCGUACUACAGUUCUGCCAGUGAGAUGCCCUCAACAAGCAUGGCAUCCAGCUCCAGAGGUCUCCAAAUGCCAUUCCCUAACAUGGCUCACCCUCACAUGUAUCCUCCAUCUCCCAUGCCACAUCCAGCGGGCCUCUUCCCCACCCCUCGCUUUCCCUUUGCGCCACCCUACUUCAUGCCUGGACCCAAUUUUUAUCCACCAGGGUGAGCAAUGAAUGCUCUUUCAUCUUGAAUACAAAUUCAGUUCUACUUAGGUAUGCUGUUUGAUGUUUUAUAAUUGUGCAGGUUAGUGGUAAAAAUGUAACUAUGGUCAUUUGAAACACCAUCAUCCUGGGAUUGUUUUAUUCUUUCAGAUCAUACCCUUACCCACACGGCCCAUACUCUUACCCAGUUCUCCAACCCCAGGAAUUCUCCAACCCCAUGGUUACUCCCAUGGUUACUCCGGGCUACCCCUAUGAUGACAACUACGAUCAGCAUGAGUCCACAUUUUCCCUUCUCAACAGAGACUACCCGUUUCUGCAGAGUGGAGAGUGCGGGCAGAGAUGUCAAGGUCAAGAGCAGGCCCCCACUGCCUCUGAGCUUCUAGGUUUGGUCCCACCACUGGACUUACGUGCCCUGGAGAACGUAUUCACCAACUCUGCGCCAGAUAACUCUGCCAGUGUCCAGGAGGUCCAAGUCACCAAUGAGGAGGACGAGGAAGAAGUGCCUGUGAUGAGAAUUCUCUAG